UUGAGAAUAAAGUCUCUGAUACAGAAUUUACGAAAAAAAUGAAUAGAAUUCUUGAGAAUAAAAGGAAAUAUAAAAAAAAAAAAAUAUCUGUAAGUACACCUAAUGCCAUGAAAACAACCAUUAAUACCAGCAACAAAUUUCAUUCGGUCUCAUCUGAGAAAAAACAAAACGAAUCAAACGUAAAACCCCAUACGAUAACAUCACAACAUAAUCAGGAUUUAUCGAAUGCUAAACCUCAUACAAUAACGUAUCAGGACAAUCAAGUGGAACUGUCAACAAGAAAUCAAUCCAUUAAUCUGCAUAAUAAAAAUCCACAAACGCUUGAGUCACCAAUCGCAUCAACAACGAACUUCAGUUGGAAUCAAUAUGAAGUCCCACAAAUAUCCAAUCAAUCGGCAGGUGAUAAAAAUUGGGCCAACACUCCGAUUCAAUACGCUUCACCGAUAAGCGAUGGGCAGUCCUUACCAUACUACAAUAAACAUUACGAUUAUUUGUCAGACACUCUUAACACGAUGCCGAUAUUUCCUGUGGAUCUAUCUGGAGGAAGUAUCUAUGAUUCUAAUGAAUAUCCGCAUGUUAAUCGUGUUUGAAAUUGAUGUUUGACGAUAUUAGACGAUGUUAGACGAUGUUUGAAAUUGAUCUGUCAUUUUCAUAUCAUCUUUUGCUAGGUUUUGGUCCACCCCGAGUAUUCUAUUUCCUCGGUACCCGACGCAUCUGACGUGCAGAUAUGCCGGGUAUUCCCCUAUACGCCACCU